ACGCCGUAAUCCUAUUUAUCUUACUUUUUAGUACCAUUUUUGUUUCCUUUUUGUUUAUUUUUAGUUCACAGAAAUAAUUCGAUCUGUUGUUCUUCGCAUAUCGUGGGGUUAGGAGGUGUGGAUUCAUCGUAUUGAAGCGAUCAAAAGCUCAAAAGUUUGGUUUCCCACCUGUGUUGAUUGCCGCCAUUCUCCUUUUCUUACACAUAUAAUAUUUAGUAUUUCUUGUAAGAUUUCCAUAUUUGAUGUAACAAUCAAGAUUUAUCCAAGGCAAUUGUGCGCGAUUUUUGAGGUCAAUUGUCGAUUUCUAGGUUUUUGGUCCUUGAUUUCUAGAUUUGGGAUCGGGGACUUGGAUAUCGUUUUCAAACUGGAAGGUCAGAUUUUUAGGGUUUUUGUGUAAUUCGGUCUUUUUAAGAGGGCUUAUGGAUAAGAAGAAGGUCGCAGUUCCGCUCGUAUGCCAUGGUCAUUCUCGGCCAGUAGUGGAUUUGUUCUAUAGCCCGAUCACUCCAGAUGGGUUUUUCCUUAUCAGUGCCAGCAAAGAUUCCACUCCUAUGCUUAGAAAUGGAGAAACCGGAGAUUGGAUAGGAACCUUUGAAGGGCAUAAAGGUGCAGUUUGGAGUUGCUGUCUAGAUACUAAUGCUCUACGUGCUGCAUCGGCAUCUGCUGAUUUCACAGCGAAAUUGUGGGAUGCGUUGACUGGGGAUGUGCUGCACUCAUUUGACCACAAGCAUAUUGUUCGAGCAUGUUCCUUCUCUGAGGAUACACAUCUUCUGCUGACUGGAGGUUUUGAGAAGAUACUUCGCAUAUUUGAUUUAAAUCGGCCAGAUGCACCUCCAAGAGAAGUUGAGCAUUCUCCGGGUUCUGUAAGGACUGUUGCUUGGCUCCAUAGCGACCAAACAAUAUUAAGUUCGUGCUCUGAUUCUGGAGGAGUAAGGCUAUGGGACGUGAGAAGUGGCAAUAUCGUCCAUACUCUUGAAACGAAAUCAUCUGUGACCAGUGCUGAAGUCAGCAAGGAUGGUCGUUAUAUAACCACCGCAGAUGGAUCCUCUGUCAAGUUCUGGGAUGCAAACCAUUUCGGAUUGGUGAAAAGUUAUGACAUGCCCUGCAACGUGGAAUCAGCAUCGUUGGAACCAAAAUUUGGUGAUAAGUUUAUUGCUGGAGGGGAAGACAUGUGGAUUCGCCUAUUUGAUUUCAAUACCGGGGAAGAAAUUGGAUGCAACAAGGGUCACCAUGGUCCAGUCCAUUGUGUGAGAUUCUCACCGGGAGGUGAAUCGUAUGCGUCUGGUUCGGAAGAUGGAACCAUAAGAAUAUGGCAGACAGGGCCAUUGGUUCCAAAUGGGCCUUUGAAACCUAUAACAGCUGAUGAAAUUGGGGCAAAGUUGGAGGAUUUGAAAGUGGGGAAACAAGUAGUUAACUAGAAAGAAAGAAAGAAAGAAAGAAAGAGACAUAUCAUAUCAUAUCAUAUAUAUAUAAUAUAUGCCUUUUUUCAACUCUUAAAUCUGUAACUCUAUGUUGUCACUUCAUCCUUUGAAAUAAACUUGUGGAUUUUUGCCUGCUUCCAUUCA